AUGUCAGAGCCACCUUCAGACCCUAGAGAGGACGAAUCGCCCUACACUUCUCCUUUAUGCACCAUCUUCUUUGGAGACAGCAAGACAGGAUAUCCAAUCCACAACCGCCUCGUAGACGGCUAUCCACCAUUGGCGAAGUUGUUUCGCGGGAGUCAAGGGAGAAUCUGGCUGAAUGACGUACACGAAUCCGUUGCACAUACGUUUAUAUCGUAUCUGUAUACCAAAGAGUUCAGCUACGAAGCUUCAGGAGACAACAUUAUAGACUUCCAAUUCGCCCUCCGCCUCAUAUAUGCGGCAGGCACCUACGGCUUGUCGGAACUGAGUGAGAAAGCACACGAAUUACGGGAAGAAGCAAUGGAUUCGGGGAAAAACCCAGAAAUACUCAACGUUGCAAAGGCGAUGCAUAUGUAUUUCAGGGGAUCAGGAUGGUAUCCUGAUAUGAUAAAGUCUGCGAUCGAGGCGGGUUUGAAAUAUGGGCACCCAACGUGUUUGGAUCCGAUCAUUGACGCUCUGGGAGAAAAUAGAGAGUUCGAGAAGGUGGUAAUGAAUGUUAUGGCGGAGAUUCUGAUGGAAAAGCUCUGUCUGAAGCCGAAAGAGUGA